UCAGAAACUCUUCUCUUACAAAAAUAAAAAAUAAAAAAUAAAUGGUUGACUAUGAUCGAGCAGAGGAGCUCAAGGCCUUCGAUAACACAAAGGCCGGUGUAAAAGGACUAGUCGAUGCAGGGAUAGUUCAUAUCCCUGAGAUUUUUGUUACACCGUUCAUAAAAGAAAAUGAGUUCAAUGCUCAGAAUCUUGAUUCAUGCUCCAACGUCAACGAUCAAAUCCCAGUUAUAGAUCUCGAGGACAUAAACAAAGACAAUUUUCGACGUAGGAGAAUAGUUGAAGAGGUUGGUGAAGCAUGUGAGACUUGGGGAUUUUUUCAAGUUGUGAACCAUGGUGUGCCUCAACAUGUUAUGGAUGAGAUGAUUCGAGGAGUUCGAAGUUUCAAUGAGCAACCAAAUGAGACAAAGAUGGGGUUUUACUCAAGGGAUGAUAUGAAGAAGGUGUUUUUUAAUAGCAAUUUUGAUCUCUAUCAAUCUAAGGCUGCAGAUUGGAGGGAUACACUAGCUUGUCUCAUGGCUCCAAAUCCUCCAAGUAGUGAUGAAUUACCAGAAAUAUGCAGGAAGGAAUUACUUCAAUAUUCUGAGCAUGUUCGAAAGUUGGGCCACACAAUAUUAGAGUUACUGGCAGAGGCACUUGGGCUGAAGUCCAAUCACUUGUUGGAAAUAGAGUGUGCAAAAGGCCAUUUCAUUCUCAGUCAUUACUAUCCACCUUGUCCUGAACCAGACAGAACUAAUGGAAUCACAAAGCAUACUGACCCAGAUUUCUUCACAAUUCUUCUACAAGAUCACAUUGGUGGCCUUCAAAUUUAUCACCAAAACCAAUGGAUUGAUAUUCAUCCCGUGACUGGAGCACUAGUUAUCAAUCUUGGUGACCUUCUGCAGGCAAGUAUAUCUAAAACAAAUUACAUAUGUCUACAUAGAGUAUUGGCAAAUCAUAUUGGACCAAGAAUUUCAGUUGCAUGUUUUUUCACAACUUAUCUUCAGCCAUUUGAUAGGCUCUAUGGCCCAAUAAAGGAAUUGUUGUCAAAUGAAAAUCCUCCUUUGUACAAGGAAACAACAGUGAGAAAUUAUGUAUCCUAUUACAACUCCAAAGGACUUGGAGCUCGUCCUUCACUUCUCGAUUUCAGGCUCUAG